AUGGAUCAGUGUCACAAAAGGCUACUAUUAGUAUUGACUUUAGUAACAGAUUAUGCAUCUGUGGUUCAGACGAAGGUUGGCAGGAAAAAGCGCCGAGAGUGUCGUAAGCAGCAGCGUUUGACGAGCUGGACGCCUCUGAGCAAACCGUCUAAGCCGGUCUCGGUCGAGGCCCAUGACAACGACUGCCAGACCUGUCCAGAGGGUUGGCUCCUGUGCUCCUGGUGCGGCCGGUUCCUGCCGCCGACGGGGCAACUGGGCCACGAGGCGGCCUGUCGAGCAGAAGUGGUGCAGCGGGAGACUGAGGCUCGUCUUAUGGAGCAGCAGAGACGGCUGCGUCGAAGACGUCGGCAGCAGCAAGAGCGUCUCGGCGACAGAGACGAUGGGGCAGAAGAGGUUGGAGCAGACGAAAGCGGUGCUGAGGAGACGGACGUGACGACGCUGCGGGCGGCGCUUCCCGAAGGAACGAGCUGGCGUGUCACUCGGUGCUUGGUUCGAACCCCGGAGGGGCCUGCGACGCUGUUGACGCUGAGUCGGCCGUCUCUCGGCAGGUUGAACUCGCGAAAGGAGGCGGCCAGUUUGCAGUCACGAGGCUCGGCUGCGGUGAGUGGCGAUGGUCGCGAUUGGCCUUUGUCUGGGUCAGGAGCAACCGAACAUUUCGGUUGGGGCGCUUUUCAAGCUGUGGCACUCCUUCUGGAAAUGCAUCCAGAGAGCGUUAGAUGGGAAGGCUAA